GGUGUGGCCUCCUUUCAACUUCUAUAAAAUCAGAAGUCCCAGCACUGCUAGAGUGAAACCUUCGGAGAAGAAUCUCUCUUUAGUUCUUUGGAAGAAGGUAGAAACACAGACACUUCUGUAAAAAUGGCAAUGGUAUCAGAAUUCCUCAAGCAGGCCUGGUUUAUUGACAACGUAGAGCAGGAAUACGUUACAACUGUGAAAUCGUCCAAAGGUGGUCCUGGGUCAGCAGUGAGCCCCUAUCCUGCCUUCGAUCCAUCUUCAGAUGUUGCUGCCUUGCACAAAGCCAUAACAGUUAAAGGUGUGGAUGAAGCAACCAUCAUUGACAUAUUAACUAAGAGAAACAAUGCACAGCGUCAACAGAUCAAAGCAGCCUAUCUCCAGGAAAAAGGAAAGCCCCUGGAUGAAGCUCUGAAGAAAGCCCUUACAGGUCACCUCGAGGAAGUUGCUUUAGCUCUGCUAAAAACUCCAGCACGGUUUGACGCUGAUGAACUCCGUGCUGCCAUGAAGGGCCUUGGAACUGAUGAAGACACACUGAUUGAAAUUUUGGCAUCAAGAAAUAACAAAGAAAUCAGAGACAUUAACAGAGCCUACAGAGAGGAACUGAAGAGAGAUCUGGCCAAAGAUAUAACCUCAGACACAUCUGGAGAUUUCCAGAAGGCUUUGCUUUCUCUUGCUAAGGGUGACCGAAGUGAGGAUCUUGGUGUGAAUGAGGACUUGGCUGAUACCGAUGCCAGGGCCUUAUAUGAAGCAGGAGAAAGGAGAAAGGGGACGGAUGUGAAUGUGUUCAAUACCAUUCUUACCACCAGGAGCUAUCCCCAUCUUCGCAGAGUAUUUCAGAAAUACACCAAGUACAGUAAGCAUGACAUGAACAAAGUUCUGGACCUGGAAAUGAAAGGUGACAUUGAGAAAUGCCUCACAGCCAUUGUGAAGUGUGCCACAAGCAAACCAGCUUUCUUUGCUGAGAAGCUUCAUCAUGCCAUGAAGGGUGUUGGAACUCGUCAUAAGGAAUUGAUCAGGAUCAUGGUUUCCCGUUCUGAAAUUGACAUGAAUGAUAUCAAAGCAUACUAUCAGAAGAUGUAUGGUAUCUCUCUUUGCCAAGCUAUCCUGGAUGAAACUAAGGGAGAUUAUGAAAAAAUCCUGGUGGCUCUUUGUGGAGGAAACUAAACAUUCUUUUCAUGGUCUCAGGCAUUAUGAUUAGAAGACAUUUUUAUUAUUUUAAUUAUAUCCUUUUUUCUAUAACAUAGGCUUAAUAGGAAAAUUUCUUCAUCAGGAUUAUAGUCUAGCUACCUGAUUUCUGAAAAAUACAGCCUAUACAUCAUUUUUAUAUCACAACUCCGUAUAAUAGAGAUAAGCUAGUUUUUUUUUAAACACGUUUACCCCAAACCAUAAAACCCCAUAUACAAGUUGUUCUAGUAACAUUACUUGAGAAAGAUGUCUAUAUAACUGAAAAUAAAACAAUGUUAUAAGACAA